AUGGCCAACCUCAAACCACACCCCGGCGCGCCCGCGCCCAGCAACGGCGUGCUCACUGGCGCAGCGCCGCCCGGCAAUCCCAGCGUCAAUCGCAAGAAGGCGAAGCGUCGCGCGAAGCUCGCCGCGAAGCAGCAGCAGCAGCAGCAGGACGACCAGCAGCCGCCAAACCCCAGUCUGCGGAAUGGCAACGUGCCGCACGCCCAAAGAGCCGUGCACAAUGGCCAUGUGCCUCAGCCUGACCCACAGCACGCGCUGGGCUACGACGACGACCUCGACGACACGGAGCACUUCGACGCUGGUGAUAACGAGGACCUGUACUACACGGACGACGACGUCACCACCUAUGCGUACCACUACGACGGAGCGCCAACGGCGAACGGCCACCCUGCGGAUGCCGCUUUGUCCAACAAGGCCAAGAAGAAGAAGAAGAAGAAGCGGUCAAUGCCUUCCGAAGCGCAGACACAACCCUAUGAUAUACCGAGCGGAAGUUCAUCGGGCAUGCUUGCCCACGCGGGCGCGCAUCCACCUCCGCCCCCACCACCGCCACCGUUGUCCAAUCCCGCAUUUCGCUCGAUGCGCAGUUCGACCUCUAGGGACCGCAUAUGGAACACUUCGACACAGGAAGAGCGCGAGAGGAUCAGGGAGUUUUGGCUCUCGCUCGGAGAGGAAGAGCGCAAGUCGUUGGUUAAGAUUGAGAAGGAGGCGGUCCUGCGCAAGAUGAAGGAGCAGCAAAAGCACUCAUGCAGCUGCACCGUCUGCGGCCGGAAGCGAACGGCAAUCGAGGAGGAGCUUGAGGUUCUGUACGAUGCGUACUAUGAGGAGCUGGAGCUGUACGACGACCAGGACAAAAUUCCCGAUAAUGCCGAUUCCGUGCUAACCACAGGGAGGCCCUACAGCCGCAGACAAGACCCUCGCCUCCCGCCGGACCGCAUGAUCGACCCUAACCAACCCUACGACUCUGGCAAUCGCGUCGAGGAGAUAGGAGACGAAGAGGACGAGGAAGAUGAACUGGAGGAAGAAGAGUACAGUGACGAGGACGAGGAAGACUACAGUGAUGAGGAGGAACCCGAGGAGCUACCCGUGAGAGGUACAGCUGCGGAUUUCUCCUUCUUUGGUAAUAGUCUGACGGUUAAAGCAGGUGGAAUUCUUACAGUGGCGGACGAUUUGCUGAAGAACGACGGCAAGAAGUUCAUCGAAAUGAUGGAGCAGCUGGCAGAGCGUCGAAUGCAACGAGAGGAUCAAGUUGUAGAACACGCAGGAAGUUUGGCAUAUUCAUCGUCGAUGCAGAACCAUCACGCCGGUCAUAAUCACGGCCCACCUCCCGACGACGAAGAGUACGACGAUGAGGACGAGGACUAUGAUAGUCAAGAAGACGAGUAUGAGGAGGAGGAAGACGACUUGGAUACCAUGACCGAGCAGCAACGAAUGCGGGAAGGCCGGAGAAUGUUCCAAAUUUUUGCAGCGCGAAUGUUCGAACAGCGUGUAUUGUCAGCAUACCGGGAAAAGGUUGCAAACGAACGCCAGCAGAAGCUUAUCGAAGAGCUCGAUGAGGAAAACCGGCGUACGGCAGAACGCGAAGCGAAGAAGACCAAGGAUGCUCUGAAAAAGAAAGAGAAGAAGGCUGCGCAGAAGCAAAGGCAAGCCGAGGAAAAGGCUCGGAAGGAGGCCGAGAAGAAGGCUGAGGAAGAGGCCGCCAGAGCGGCGGAAACAGAAAGACAGGAAGAACUGCGAAAGAAGAGGGAGGAGCAGAAGAAAAAAAGGGACGCCGAACGAAGGGCUCAGGAGGAGGAAAAGAAGCGAAAGGAUGCGGAGAAAAAGCGUAGGUUGGAGGACGAACGUCAGAAGCAGCAGGAAGCAGACCGCAAAGCUCAAGAGCAGAAGGCUGCGGAAAAGAAGGCUCGGGACGAUGCUAAGCGCAGGGAACGUGAGGAACGAGAAGCCAUAGAAAGGGAAGCGAGGGAGCAAAAAGCACAUGCAGAGCAGCAGCGGAAAGAGAAAGAAACUAGGAUCAAGGUAGAGAAGGAGGCAAAUGAGCGGGCGCGUAAGGAAGAAGAAGCGGCAAGAGCUGCUCAAACUAACAAGCGUCCUUCUCAACCAACACCAGCUCUGCCGCCUGGUCUCCUUUCCAAGCAGUCCUCGGCCGGCUUUCCAUCUCCACAUGUCCAAGUCGCGACUCCAAACAUCCCAAAGGCUCCGACACCGUCGAAGCCUCGCCAGAGUUCGCACCAGGGUUCCCAUGGUUCAUCUCCGAAGACGCCCCAGGUCUUCCCUGGGACCAGCAAGUCGGUCUCGCCCAGCCACCAGCAGCCGAGAACGAUUCUGCAGAAGCCCCAACCACAAGUUCAGACGUCGACAUUGCAGCAUCCCCAACCAAGCUCGCCGAUGCCGCCGUUAGGGCCUCCUCCCGGUAUGCAUUCUGGCUUUGGCGGCCUGCCUAUUGGUCUGGGUGCCCCUUCGCCAAUGCAGGGGGGAAUAAUGCACGGCCUGAACCAGCCUCGUGGACCCAUGUUUCCCCACGCACCUCCGCCGAUCGGCGCGCAGUAUCCCGGCUUCCCUGCUCCCAACGGGCUGCCCGCACCACCGCCUGGUAUGAACGCACCGGGUAUGCCACUUGGUCGAGGCUUCCCGGGGAUGUCCAUGCCUCCAGGCUUUGGCCAGCCUCUGCCCGGCAUGAGUGCGGCGGGUCAGAUCCCCGGAUUCAGUGCUCCUCGUGACAUCAUGCCAUCACAUUCGCGCCAAGCAUCUGGUUCAGGAUCAUUCGAUUCGUCGGUUGGCGGGCUUCCGACUCAUCCCAUUGCCCGACCCACACCCAUACAGCGACCAUCUAGCGUCAAGCCACAAGAGCUUACUGUGGAGAACAAGAGGUCAGGCAACAGCGACUUGGAUGAGCUAAGCAAUCAUCUUGGGAGCAGUGCUCUUCUUGACGACAGCGAUGAGCCAAUUCCCACGAGUGCUGGUGAAGUCCGCCGCUCGAGCCUAGCGCCCUCGGCGAGGUCAGGGAGAAUGGCCUUCGGCACGUCUCCGCUCUUCACCGACGUAGGAGCUCGUGGCAUUGAUCCUUUUGGCAUGCCGAGCGGAGGUAGCAGCACAUGGGGAACUCCAACCGUGCCAUUUGGACCUCCUGGUAUGGGUGGUAGCACGUGGGGAUCUCCUCCUGCCAACGUUGGCUGGCCCAGUGCGGUUGGCAGCUUCAGUGGCGUCGGCGCUCCGCUUGGUGCAUCGCAUCGACAGAGUAUUUCACGCCCUGUAUCAGUUCGCCUGAUGGUGUGUCAGGCCUGCAAGCAGCUUGCACAAAGCCACCCCAAAGCCGAUGGUUUCUACGAUAUUACCACCGUCAUCCGUACCAUUGAAGCUGGCGUUCGUGGUGCGACAGAUGCACCUGUGCAAGAGCACGAGGUUAUCGACAUCUGCGAGACUGAGGGCGACUUGCACAAUGGAGGCGGCUUCCUUCGCAAGAAGGAUAGCCCAGAUGGUGCUGUGGAGGUCAAGUUUGAGCCUGACACAGCCACCAGCACCGGCGGCAUCCGAAUUCCAGGACAAGGCGCACUACACGGUCUGGGAGAAAUCGGUAGCCCGGUUCCCAGCCACUCAACACCCUUUGGUAUGGGCCCCGGUGCCACCCCAGCAGGCGUAGCUCGUACCUCGCCAUUCUCCGCCUCUGUUCUCGGGGGCGGUGUAUCAUCACCGAGCUUUUAG